AUGCUUUUCGAACCAAAGGGAGAUAACCGUACUGGUUGUUAUGGGGAUGGAAUGCCGCCUCUACCGAUAAUGUUAGGAGACGCCUUACCGUCGAAGCUAAAACCAACAAUUCUAACAUGCUCGCUGAGUGACGAAGUUGGGUUUCGCAAAAACGAGUAUCUUAGGUGUGUCACUGAAGAAUACGGCAUGAUUAGCGAAAUCCGGAUGGAGAAAGGAGGGUUACGGACGGACAUACAGGGAGGGGGUGAGGAAGGGAAACUAGCGAGAGUAAGCGGGGCAGUAAAGAGGGAUAGCGAACCAGCAUAUUCAAUUUUGCUAGCACUCAUAGCUUGA